GCAUGCAUGUCGGAUAAAAGUGUUUGUCGUUAAGUUUGUUUUUCCAAAUUUAUUUAGAUUUUUUUAGUAUUUUAAUUUAAAUCAUCACUCAUUUUAUGCUAGACGUUUGUACAUUUUUUAUUUGGUGACAUGGAUGACUCCGAAUCAUCCACCUCUGGUAGAUCCAGGAGGCAAAAGCGCGACAAACCCGGGCGGCUUUCUGCCUUGGAAAAAUUAAGACAAUUAAAAGGUAGCAAGCACAAAUAUGAAGUCGACGAAUUGGAAAAUGUGUACGAUCAAGUGGAGGAGAAAAUAUACAACAAAAAGGUUUUGGAUCGCCAAACUGACGACUGGAUUGUCGACGAUGGGGGAGAGGGAUACGUCGAAGAUGGGAGAGAAAUAUUUGACGAUGACCUGGACGAGGAUAGUAUACAAGCUGCAAAGCAGAGUAGUUCAAUGGGUCCUCGAAAAAAGGCUAAAAUUGCAGCAAAAAGUAAGGGAAGCAUUAAAAAUAUGUUUAUGAACAUGGCCUCGAAAGUCAAGACUGCAGAAAAGCUCGACGAUGAUAAUAUUUUGGGAGAUUUGAUGUCUGAACUAAAAAAUGAUGAAAGUAGCCCAAAGCGAGUAGAACCGAGGAUUAAAAACAAAUUUGCAGUCGUUCCGAAAGCACCUCCUCCUCCGAGGCGUGCACCAGUUUCCAAACCUCAAAAAGUAGAAGAAAUCAGCCCGAGGGAAGAAAUCGAAGAUGAUGAUGAAAUGAUGAUUUUUGAUGAUCUGAGUACAAGUUCCUUUAAAUCGAAAGCUGAUAAAUUGAAAGAGGCGUCGUUUAAAGAGCAGAGUCUCAGUCAGCAGAUCGAGACUGAUGAAAACGAAGAUCUGAAUAGGAACGGAAAUCAUGAAUCGAUUCAGGAUUCUACUGAAACUUCUGCGAGUCAGAUUAUUGAGGAUUCGAAAGAUGAAGUCGAGGAGGCAAAGACAAUAAUCGAGGAUAUACCCGAUAAUCUCGAAUUUGGCGAUUCGGAAUUUACCGUUUGUAAGGUCGAUUCUCAAAAAGCGUCGUCAUUGGCGUGCGAUACCUCGGACUUGGAUAUGUUCGAUUCAGCCGACAUAAGUCUCGCUUGGGAGGAGAAUUUCCAACCGCAAAUGGAUGAAACGAAAGAUUCGGUGGACGAUAGAAAUGUAACUCUGCCCAUCAUCACCAACGAAGCUAAUGAAUCAGUUUUUCGAUUUUUCUGGUGGGACGCUUACGAGGAUCCUUACAGGCAACCGGGAGUUGUUUAUCUUUUCGGCAAGACGUUCGUCGAAUCGACCAAGAAAUACGUUUCUUGCUGUGUUGUCGUGAAAAACGUUCCUAGGAGAGUCUAUCUUUUACCAAGGGAACAGAUUAAACCAGUAUUGAAAGACGAAGAGCCGAAGGAAAAUUCAAUAGAGGACGUCUACGAGGAGUUUAGUAAUUACGCGGGAAGAAAUGGAAUAAAGGAAUUUCGUUCGUGUAAAAGUUCAAAGUUUUACGCCUUCGACCGUGAAGAAGCUCCCAAAUAUGCUGAGUACUUGGAGGUGAGAUAUGCAGCAACAUAUCCGCAAAUGGAUUCAACUUACAGCGGACGCACCAUCGAGGCAGUAUUUGGAUCUUCUGUGAAUGCAUUGGAAUUACUAUUGAUAGAAAGAAAUAUCAAAGGACCCUGCUGGUUGGAUGUCAAGUGUCCAAAAGUCGAAAAUAAUCCAGUUACCUGGUGCAAAUUACAGGUAAACUGCAUGAAAAUGGAGCACAUUUCUUUUUCUCGUGAAGUUUCAAAAACUACAAUUCCACCAAUGGUUGUGGCUACAUUGAAAAUUCAAUCAGCUUUAAAUCCCAAGGGACAGUUGAAUGAGAUUGUGAUGGUUGGAGUUUUGUUGCAUCACAAUUAUCAGAUUGAUAAAGCAUCUCCUAAACCUCCCUUCGAGAAGCAUUGUUGCCUCGUAACUCAUCCGAAAGAUGUGCCUUGGCCUCUGCACGCAAAGGAUAAACUUUCGAAAACAAAACACACAAAAGUGAUCAGAUGCGAUUCAGAACGUGAUUUACUCGAGGAACUGCUCACCAUAAUUCAGAAUUCAGAUCCAGAUUUAAUAAUCGGUUAUGAUACUGGAUUCCAGUUCGAUCUUUUGAUGCACAGAAUCUAUAAUUUAAAAGUUUCUAGUUGGAGUAGGAUUGGGAAAUUGAAGAGAUCCACUCCUCCGAUGUUUAAGGGAAAAGUAAAUUUAGGUGCAACAUUUUGCGGUCGGCCUAUUUGUGAUAUACAAACUUCUGCUAAGGAACUGAAUUUAAAAGUUAGAAGUUACGAUUUGCAGUCCCUCUGCGUUUCCGUUCUGAAGAGGAAUGAAAAGGAAUGUAAAGAAAUAACGCCAGCAGAGUGCGUCCAAUUUUACAGUACUCCAGAAAAGAUAGAAAAACUUUUGAGAUUAACGAUGCUCGAAGCGUCCUGCAUUCUCUCAAUUGUCUUUGAAUUGAAUAUCAUGCCCCUUGCUUUACAAAUCACGUGCAUCGCAGGUAAUGUUUUGUCGAGAACUUUGUCAGCUGGUCGGGCUGAAAGAAACGAAUUUUUGCUACUGCACGCUUUUCACGAAAAGGGUUACAUAACUCCAGACAAAAAACAGAACAAGAAGGGAAAAGAUGUAUCCGAGAGUCGUAGAAAGAAGCCCGCAUACGCGGGAGGUUUGGUUUUGGAUCCCAAGAAGGGAUUUUACGACAAAUUAAUCUUGCUCAUGGAUUUUAAUUCCUUGUAUCCGAGUAUUAUCCAGGAAUAUAAUUUAUGCUUUACAACCGUUCCCGGUGCUGCUUACGCUGAUCUCGAGGACUUGACUCUUCCCGAGUCGGAUUUGGAACCAGGAGUCGUCCCAACGGAAAUUCGGAAACUUGUGGAAGCUCGUGUUAAGGUCAAGCAGAUGUUGAACGGUUCGAAUGUGACACCAGAACAGAAAGUCCAGUACAAUAUCAGACAAUUGGCGUUGAAGCUCACAGCUAAUUCGAUGUAUGGUUGUUUAGGAGCGAUGCAUUGUCGAUUUUACGCUAAAGGAUUAGCAGCUUUGGUAACAUCAAAGGGAAGAGAAAUUUUGCAAAGCACGAAGCGACUCGUAGAAAAAUUAAACUAUGAGGUUAUUUAUGGUGAUACCGAUUCGAUCAUGAUAAACACGAAUAUUGUCGACUAUGAUGAAGUAUUCAACAUUGGAAAGAAGAUAAAACAGGAAGUUAACAAACUCUACAGAAGAGUCGAGCUCGACAUCGAUGGCGUCUUCAAAUAUUUACUGCUUUUGCAGAAGAAGAAAUAUGCUGCAGUAACAAUGUCAAAGGGACCAAAUGGCCAAAUUCAAUUGGCCCAAGAACACAAGGGUUUGGAUAUCGUGAGGCGAGAUUGGUGUCAAUUAGCUUCUGAAGCUGGAAAAAAUAUCUUGAAUCAGCUUCUCUGCGACCAACCGAGCGAGCUACGAAUGGAGAAAAUUUUUACGUAUCUGCAAAACAUCUCGAAAAACGUCAAGGAAAAUAUCGUCCCGUUGUCUAAGCUGGUCAUUACAAAGCAGCUUUCAAAGGACCCGAAAGACUAUCCAGAUAAAAAAUUAGCUCACGUUUCGGUCGCCUUAAGAUUGAAUAAAGAGGGUGGUAGAAUGUGGAAGUCUGGAGACACGAUUCCCUACAUUGUUUGCGAUGAUGGCACCAACAAUUCGGCCACUGAUCGAGGUUAUCACAUAGAGGAAUUUAAAAAAAGCGACACUUUGAAAGUUGAUGCUGAUUAUUAUUUAUUGAGUCAAAUCUUCCCGGUUGUUAAUCGAAUUUGCGAUCCGAUUGAAGGCAUUGAUGACCAUCUGCUGGCAGAACAUUUGGGCAUAGAACAUUUGUACAAAUCGAAAAGAGUGAUUCACGAUCAAGAGGAAAUCUACGUUCCCAUGUCAAUUGAUGAAGAUAAAUACAAGUAUUGCAUUCCACUGAAGAUCGUCUGUACGAAUGAAAGUUGCAAAGCAGAAAUCGAGAUAAAUGAUGUGGCUGUCAAGAAUGAGUUUGGUAUUGAGCCAUCUUUAGCGAGAUGUACAAACCCAGAUUGCCGAGUCGCUCCUUGGUUGAAUUAUAAUUCGAUCAUCAAUUGUUUGCAAUUGGCAAUUAGAAAGAUGAUUAACGAAUAUUAUGCCGGCUGGAUGGAAUGCGAAAAUCCUGCCUGCUCUCACAGAACUAGAUACAUUCCUUUGUGUCCCUCUGGAAAUUAUAUAAAAUGCAGUCAGUGUAAAAGUUCCAAUGUACACCGAGUCUACUCGGAAACGCAGUUAUACAAACAGCUCUCCUUUUACCGCCACAUCUUCAGUUUGGACCAACCAAAUUUGAAAAAGUACAAUGAAACUGUAUUAACAAGGGAUAUGAGAGGAGCUUAUGAUUCGCUUAAAGAACAUGUAGAAAAGCAACUGAGACGCAACAGUUACUCAGUGGUAGAUUUGGGAAAAAUUUUUACGAAAUCGUCUUCAAAAGGGACUUUCCAAGCGCGUCUGGAAGAGGAAUGGUCAGAUUUUGAAGAGGAGGAAGAUUUACCACUCCCUGUACAAAGUCAAUCGUCGAUCAGUCAGAGUCAACCUAACAAAUCUUCGCAACCGACGCCAGAAAUUAAACAGCAGCCACGAGAAGAACCAGAAGACCCCGGCGUGCCCUCCGAGUUUCUCGAAGAAUUUUUUUAAAUUAUUGAUCAAAAGGUGUAAAUAAUUGGCAAAUCUUCAAUCAUAUUGAAAAUAUGCAUAAUAUCAUUUUCAACGAUUGACGCUACUCAUGCUGUAUAAAAUCAUUUUCGCUUGAUAUUUACUACUUAAGAUUAGAAAAUAAAAUCUUUUUUUAUAAUUAA